CUGCCCCUCUCCAUUUCUUCUUUAGACGUUCCGACUUGGGUAAAGCACUUGUCAUGCAUUUUCCUCGGCCUUAUUAUUUUACCCGAUUGGAUUCAACGGAAUGAUGUGAGGAUCGCAAUAAUUUUUGGCCUCCCGCUUCUGUUACUGGCUUUGUUGCAAACACCAUUGCCUUCCAAAGGAGAAACUACUAUAUGCGCUUGUAUCUUAUCCAUCGUCUGCAUCAGAGUUUGUUCCGAAGGUCUUAGUGCUCCAAACAAAAACUCGAAGAAAUUUUUGGACGUUUUCAGACAAUAUCUUCUCCCAGCUCAUGAUUUCUUAGCGAUUCGUGGAAUUCUGAUGAUAUUUGCUAUGAAAGUGUCGGCCUUGACAUUCGACAGCGGUUCCAAUUGUGAGACCAAGGACAUAAUUCCUAUUCUGGCAUACAUUUUUGGUCCGGCAACUUCAGUAUUUGGUCCUUUUCACACUUUCGACGAUUAUAUGAAUUCUUUGAAUCGCCGGACAAUCAAGGCAAUUCUUCAUAGCAUGGUCUUGGUCGCUGUAGCCUUUUGCUUUCUGUCUUACUCAUCCUGUAUAGGCAUCUUAUUGCCAGACGGUAGCAUACUGACUGACUACAUUACAGCGCAGUCGUUCCGAACCAGUCAUUAUUUCGUUUGUAUGUUGUCUGAAGGACUAGUCCUCCUAUCUGGAAUAAAGCUAUCGACAUGCUCACCGUUAUCAGUCGAAGUUCCGCGAUCUCUGGUUGAAGUUGUUGUUGCAUGGAAUAUACCUAUGCACAGGUUUCUUCAUACCUGUAAGUUAUACACAAUAGCCCUUUUAUGUUCAGUGCGCGGCGGCAUUUCAUUUGAGCGAGCGAUCGUUGUACUGUCAAAGAGACUAUUCGUUAUGUUUAUACAAAUUUCAUAUCGUUUGGCAAUGCACUAUCAAUUCUUGUCUCUUUCGCUGUCAGCUCUCUACUACACGUUACUUUCCGGAAUCGAAUAUCCAGAAGGUUUUCAAUGUGCGUUCGAGCUCGGCCGUGCAGGAAUUGGGCACUGGCAGACAUUGUUUAUAAAUGUGGUGUUUUUUGCCGUUUCUGUUUAUCAACUAAUCUACCUUGGUGCACCUUUUGACGGUGAAGGAGCUGAAAUCGGAUACGAGAUGAGUCACACGGUUGCCACAUGGAGACGUCAUCGAUUUUUCGGUCACGGCAUCACUGCCGGUAUUGCAGUGCUUAGUUUUUGUAUUUAG